GGAAUAUCUGUUAAGCCUUUUCUCUUCUUCUUCCUCCUCUUACUUUUUAUACUAAUAUACAUAAAACCAAAACGACCGACAAUGGAUCGCUAUUGGCUCUUUGCAUUAUUUUUCCUUUGUUUUGUUUAUGCGGUCAACGCAAAAAGUGAUAGCCUACCACUACCAGAACGGUCUUCUUCUGUUAUGUUUUCUACUAUUGACCACCCCCACCAGCACCACCAGCAAGUUUACAGCAGCGAUGUUGACGAAGGCGACGAUCUCGCUCACGUAACCUUGUGGGCCAGAAUGUUUUUCUCUCCCCCUUGGCUUACAAACACAACGCUUUUGUGGGUGACUGGAGUCAUCUCAAUGAUUGUAUGGUGCUCGGGAUACACGAUCGAAUGUUUACUCGACCGGCAAGAACGACUCUCCAUAGAAUCGGGCAAGCAAAAACAACAAGCAUUGUUAUACGGUGCUUUGCAAGCGUAGAGUCUUCAUCUUUUUUUUAAAUGGAUGAACAUCAGUUUUACCUUUUUCCCCGUACUAUCCCGUUCUUUGUACGUGAAGCUCCCAGCAACCUACUAUUAGAAUGAAUAACCAGAAGAAAAGGCCCUUAGGCUUGGCGUGAUUGGCGUGAUCACAAACUCAAGGGGCUCAUAUUUGUUUUUUGAGGCUGCACAAUUUUAUGCUGCUAAUGGCGUCUUUAU